AUGGCCACUAUCACCACUACAGCUACUCUCUGCUUCCACUCCCAAAACCCCGUCAAAACCCUACGGCCAUUCUCUCUCUCAAAUCUCCCCUUCUCUGUUUCCAAACCCAAUUUCUGUCCUUCAUUUCCUGCCUCUAAAUCAGAUAAUGCGAACGCCCCUUUCAAUAGACAUAGUCGCUUCUCUUGCAACUGCAUCUCCACAGCCACCCCCAACACAAAUUACCAGUUCUCUGAUGGUUCUUCAGAAGUGGAAUUGAGAUUAUCACUUGGGGGCCUAGAUGUUCAAAGUUCCAGAGAUAUAUUCGUGGAUGCAGAUGGCUCCUCCUUAAUCGUGCGAGUAAAGCACUCUGGGUCGCUUGUCACUCUUAUAGAAACUAAUCAGAUGUUUGAGAAAAUAAAGCCUGCUGAAACAAUAUGGUUUGUGAUGCUGAAUAUACAUGGAUUCGAUUAG